UCUCGUUCCGGAACCAGUGACAGAAGCGUCUCAAAAACUGGGGAAGAUUUUAGCUGGCGGACCGGAAGUCUUCGGAGUCACAUUGAAGCGGUGUAUUAGGUUCUCCGCUUAAGGAGAACUCACAUGAUACACAUGCGAUUGCACCAGCAGUAGGAUCUAGUCAUGAUGGUCUCAAGGUUAAUGCCACGGCUGAAUGUGUUCUUCAGGGUGUCUGGUUUCCAUCAGUACCAGUGCAAGUCUGUAAACAAUGCAAUACAACACUGCCGUUCUACCAGCUUUAUUACAAACCAUACACAAAGGUACUCCACAUCAACCACUGACAUCAGGCAGCCCCCGAAACAAUGGACAGUUCUCGAGCCAGAGUUAGAGGAGUUCCUCAUUCCACGGAAACUCUCCGUUACACCUUUAGAGAGCUGGCUUUCUCUGCGCUAUUCACUACCUCCGCUUCUCGAGGCUCCUGCCCCUUUGGAGGGAGGUGAUCUGAUAGAGGAGGCCGUGGUGUUGCCUCCUUCGGCCAUGCCUGUACUGGAGGAUGGUGAGAGCUCCACACCGCUGAGCUGUAAGAAUGUGUUGGAGAUCCGGCGACGGAAGAUGAACAGACAUAAAUACAAGAAGCUGCUGAAGAGGACCAAGUUCCUAAGGAGGCGGAUCAAGGAACGCAGACAGAAAAGGAAGCAGUCUAGAUUUGAGAAGGAUCUAACUAGAAUCUGGAGGCGAGCAGGACUGAAAAAAGCCCCCGAGGGAUGGACCACGCCGAAAAUCUUCGUCAAUCAUCAAGUGAAGCGCCGCUGAUUGUUUAAUGAAAAUUUACUGUGUAAAAUAACAUUUCUAUUCAGGACUGGAGUAGCUUUGUUGAUCGUCAGCUUGCCAUUGCUACAUCUUGGUGGAAACCUGUGAAUUUCACAUAUUUAAUAUUGUAAUCGAAAUAAACACCUUUUUACCACCUUAACAAUGUGC